AGACCAACCAUACACACAAACACACAGCAGCAGGAAAACUGCAAAAUUCGACACCCUACCCCUUACUUUUGUCAGUAAACUUUCAUCUCCUUUCAUUCUUUCUUUCUUCUUUCUUCCUUUUCUCCUUUCCUAAAUUUACUGAAACUCAUUUUGACAAAAAAGAACGGAAUGAACAACCUUCAUUUCGAUGACUCCUCUCUAACAAUCAAUACCGAUGAGUUUAUUGACCUAAAUACAGCUUUGCUUGAAGAAGAAUUGCGAUCGUUGAAUGCUACACCUGAAUAUAACAAAAUCAGCUUGAAAAGCAUAGAUACACACGAGGCAGAAAGAAUUCGUCGCUCACUAGUGACUCCUGUUCCUCAAAGAUCAUCUGCAUCCAAGCAAACUGCUUCGCCCGAAUUUCAUUCCUUUUUAAAAAGUCCUACUAACUCAUGCUAUGCUGAGAGCAUUGCUUUAUUCAGAAAUUUGAGUGAUCAAGAUAACAAUAUUCUUGAUUUUGCUUAUACAAAUCUUGAUGAAAUAAUGAAGAACAUUGAUUUAGAAGAUGAUGUCACGCUUCUACACCAAGAAAAUUCCAAUGACCAGAAUACAUCAAGUUAUAAUUACACAAAUAGGGUUCCACAAAGCAAUAACAUACAGAAGCAACCUGUUCCGUCAGCAAGUAUUAAUGCACCACGAGACCAAUCUACUAAAAGGCCUGCAACAAACAGAUACAGUAUUGAUGCAGAUGGUCUAUCAAAACUUCAACAACAGCAGCAGAAAGCAAGUAACGUAAAGCGCUUAACUUCAAGCUUUGUAUUAAAGCCAUUGGACACUUCAAUAGCAGUAACCACCAAUAAACCACGCCCUGUAGCAGCUUAUAAAGCAAUCAAAAAUGUUCCUUCUAGAACUGAUAAUAUGACCAAACAACAAACUGAUAAAAGGCGCUGGAGCAGUUAUAUUCCCGAACAGGGCGGUAGUAGACAAAUGGAAGCACCAGUUAUCAAUAGAUUAGCGUCUUUGAACCUAGCGGAACAAUCAACAUCAGUACAAGUACCAAGACGUAACAACGCGAUUAAUACAGCUACUCCUACGAAGCCAACUCAUAAUACUGUUACCACAGCAACCAAAAAACCUAUAAAAGUAGCAGUUAAGCGAAUGUCUUCUUUAAAAUCGGAUAAGCCAAAAUUAUUGGCUUCUCUGCUACAUAAAAACAACGUUGAUUCUACCAAUGAACGAGAACGCACACAAGAAGAUAUCGAUCAGUAUAACCAAAGAAUCGCCUUACUGAAUAAGACUGAUAUGCCAACUGCGGCCGUAAAAAAGAGAGCAUCCAUUCACGGUUAUCUUUUAUUCAAGCAGCAGGAGCAUAAUCAGCAAAAUAAGAAUGCAGUGGUAUCAGAAACAGUAAUUCAAUCGGAAAAUGAGAGGAAGCUUCAACGGCGUCAUACCGUUCGCUUUAAUACCACACAAAAAGAGCGUAACUCUUUUCCAUUGGCAGAAACAGAGAAUAGCAUUUUGACUACCACGCCUCCUUCAAACAACUAUCCAACAUUGCUAGAUAAACGUUCGAAGCGAUUAUCAUUUCAGGGAACAGCUACUUAUGAUAAUAGAACUCCAAUAGUUGAACCCUCUGCCCGACAUCAACAUCACUUUUCCUUUCGGCCGAUCAUUAAAAAGGAGGUUACUACAUCUACCGUUACACAACAACACCAGCGACGCCAAAGAGCCUUAUCCGUUCCUGGGAGUCAUUCUAACUUACAAUUAAAAAACGCCGUAGAAAACCGCCCUACUUCAAUGCCCUUUGAUAAAACAGCAGCAGCAGAACCUUCUUCUUCAACUAUCAGGUACCGAAAAUCCAUGAUUGAGCCAUCGCAACAUGCAACAACAACUUUAUUAUCCUCCAGAUUUGAUCCUCCGCAAGUUGGUCGGUUUUCAGUAUUGAAUAACAAUGAAAAUCAACAAUCGAACGACCUUCACUUACUUCCAUCCGAAAGUAGCAGUGGCUUUUCUAACUCUACCGCCUCUUCCUCUUCUUAUACGAGCGGCAGAGGAGACGGAGGCGGAGGAGGGGUUUAUCGGGAUCCACCAACUCCACCUACACAUGCAGCUCUUAUUACGUCUACCCCUGCUUAUAUUAAAAGGAAUUCUAUGCCGUUAAUGGAUUCAAAUGAUAUCCCUGUACAGCAACUGUAUUCAAACAGCAACAAAUUUGAUCAUCACCGUUACAAUCGUCACUUAGGUCGUAUUUCAGAAGUUAACACAGCACCAUCCUCAGAUGGUUAUAGCGAUGUUUAUGACAUUCUUAACUUGUCUCCUCCGCCAGCUUUCUUUGGUACACAGGACCACCAAAGUGACGAGGUGGGUUACCAUCCAGAGGAGGAAGAAGAGGUUUACAACAAUUACGAUGCCACUUCACCUGUUUUUUACCAUACUUUACCUCGGAGACAGCACCGGCCCAUCCCUGCAGCUUCAGAGGAUAUUGGUGUUGUUUACAACACUCUGCCUCGUCGGCACCGUGUUAUAGCAGACGACGGUCAAACUUAUAAUAAAAAUAAGUCACAAGUAGAGGGCUAUGACCCCUCAUCAACAAAAUAUCAUUCAACUGCGCCCCAUCUGAAUCACUCAACUGUUACUACAAGUGACGGGUACCGUAAUCCAAUGAGAUCCUCAGCAAUAGCAGAAUAUCCAUUGCCUCCAGCCGUUCCAGCACACCGUUAUGAUGCACCUAGCCGACCGCUUUACGAUCGCUAUGCUACAGACAGUCGGGCAAACACCAGUGCAAAACGUUUAAGUCGAAAACUUAGCGCUGAGUACGUUACCGAGUCGGCCAAGAAAGUUUUAGCUUCCAUUCAAGAAAGAAGAAAAAAUGAACUCUACAAUGUCCAAAAGCUACAACGGCAACCAUCUGCCUACUAUACCCGUUAAAUUUAAUUUUACUUUAUCAUUUCUUAAUUUUUAAUCGUUUU